AGAUCCCAAGUUGUGCAACACCUUCAGUAAACACUUGCUCAAGCGUACACAAUGAAGCAGGGAGUUUCAUUCUGUCUCCCUUAAGAGGCGGCUGGGCCAGAAGCAACCUUACAGGUGUGAGCGGAGGCAGGCACCGCUCUGGGACUGCAGCAUGUUGCAAUGGAGUCUUCUGGUAGUCUCUUUCCUACUUUCUCCAGUUCCAGCAAGCACAGUAAAAGAACUCCCCAAGACCAAGAAAUAUGAAGUGGUUUAUCCCAUAAGACUUCAUCCAUUGCGUAAAAGGGAGGCCAAAGAGCCAGAGCAAAAGGACACCUUUGAAACUGAGCUAAAGUACAAAAUGACAGUGGAUGGGAAGGUGGCUGUGCUUUAUCUGAAGAAGAACAAAGAACUUCUGGCGCCAGGCUACUCAGAAACAUACUAUAACUCCAGUGGAAACGAGGUCACUACAAGUCCACAAACCAUGGAUAGCUGUUACUACCAAGGACACAUCAUAAAUGAGAAAGUAUCAGAAGCCAGCAUCAGCACAUGUCAAGGUCUACGGGGCUACUUCAGUCAAGGAGAUGAAAGGUAUUUUAUCGAACCUUUGAGCUCUGUGAGCCUGGAUGAGCACGCACAUGCAGUCUUCAAGGAUGACCCCAACGAAGACCAGGCUAACAGCAGCUGUGGCGUGGAUGAUGUGUUAUGGCAACAAGGGCUACAUCAGAGAGUGGUCCUGCCUGCCUCCAGGCUGAUUAAGUUGAAUGACAGGAUUGUUCAAGAACCUAAGAAAUACAUUGAAUAUUAUUUGGUCCUGGAUAAUGGUGAGUUUAAGAAGUACAAUAAAAAUCUUGCUGAAAUAAGAAAGAGAGUGCUUGAGAUGGCCAAUUACGUCAACAUGCUUUACAAAAAGCUUGAUGCCCAUGUGGCCUUAGUUGGAAUGGAAAUCUGGACUGAUGAGGAUAAAAUAAAGAUAACUCCAGAUGUCAACACCACCCUGAACAACUUCUCUAAGUGGAGAGGGAAGGAUCUGCUAAAGCGAAAGCGUCAUGAUAUUGCCCAGUUAAUCUCAUCAACAGACUUUUCUGGAUCAACAGUGGGUCUAGCGUUCAUGUCUUCAAUGUGUUCUCCUUACCAUUCUGUUGGCAUCAUUCAGGACUACAGUAACUACCAUCUUCGAGUUGCAGGGACAAUGGCCCAUGAAAUGGGCCACAACCUCGGCAUGAUCCAUGACUACUUGAGCUGCAAGUGCCCAUCUGAAGUCUGUGUAAUGGAGCAGUCACUAAGGUUCCAUAUGCCCACAGACUUCAGCUCCUGCAGCCGUGCCAACUAUGGGAAGUUUCUUGAAGACAGAUUAUUGUCCCAUUGCCUCUAUAACACCCCCUUGCCUUCAGAUAUCAUAUCCAUCCCAGUCUGUGGGAACCAGUUGGUAGAAAUGAAUGAGGACUGUGACUGUGGCACCCCCAAGGAAUGUACCAAUAAAUGCUGUGAUGCAAAGACCUGUAAGAUCAAAGCAGGUUUCCAAUGUGCCCUGGGAGAAUGCUGUGAGAAGUGCCGACUUAAAAAGGCUGGGGCUGUGUGCAGAACAGCAAAAGAUGACUGUGAUCUGCCUGAGAUGUGUGAUGGUAAAUCCAGCCACUGCCCAGUUGACAGAUUCAGAGUCAAUGGUCACCCUUGCCAAAAUGGGCGUGGCUAUUGCUUGAUGGGCAACUGUCCCACCCUGCAGCAGCAGUGCAUGGAGAUGUGGGGCCCAGGAACCAAGGUUGCAAAUAAGUCAUGUUACCAGCAUAAUGAAGGUGGGUCAAAGUACGGAUACUGUCACAUAGAGAACGGCACACACAUGCCCUGCAAAGCAAAAGAUGCCAUGUGUGGGAAGUUGUUCUGCGAAGGCGGGUCAGGUAAUCUGCCAUGGAAAGGACUUACAAUAUCUUUCCUGACAUGUAAGUUAUUCCACCCCGAAGACACCAGUCAAGGAAUAGACAUGGUGGCCAAUGGAACCAAGUGUGGAAAUAAUAAGGUGUGCAUUAAUGCAGAGUGUGUGGAUGUGGAGAAGACAUACAGGACAGCCAACUGCUCCUCGAAGUGCAAGGGACAUGCAGUGUGUGACCAUGAGCUGCGGUGCCAGUGCAAGGAAGGAUGGGCCCCUCCGGACUGUGAGGAUCCCGCCACAGUCUUCCAUUUCUCCAUCGUGGUUGGUGUGCUCUUCCCCCUGGCAGUCAUAUUUGUGGUGGUUGCUAUAGUGAUCCGGCACCAAAGUGCCAGAAGGAAGCAGAAGAGAGUUCAGAGGCCACCGUCCACCACAGAUGCCAAGCUGCAUAAGCAGAAGUGUAAACCCCAAAAGGUGAAGGCAGCUCAACCCCAGGAGAUGAGUCAGAUGAAGAAGCUCCAUGUGUCUGAUCCGCCCAUGGAAGAGAAUGAGCCUUCACCAAAUGUUCUAAUCACAAAGCCAGAUUUCCCACCACCACCAAUUCCUGUUUCCUUGUAAGUAUCAGACGGUCACUGGUGGAUUUUCUGUCUGCUGGCUCUAAUCCACAGUCUCUUUGUCAUCGCUCCUGAGGCUACCCUAACCUCAUCAUAGCACAUUUGUUCUGGAGAACCUGGAAGGGCGAGGCCUCCUCCUAUAGUGAUUUCACAUAGCUACUGAAUCUUUAUUAUGACAAAACAGUUCUUGUAUUUCAUAACUGUUGAGAAAUAAUUAAUAUGUCUAUUGUAUAAGGUAAAUGUCGUCCAAAGAAUUGUUUCUGGAUGCUCAUUCUAGAGGAUUAGAUAUUUAUAAGUUGAUGGUUAUUUUUAUAAGAGGUGGAGAAUGGGAAGCAGAUACAUGAAGGCAAGUUGGAAUAAGUCAAGUGUUUUUUAAGUAAAAGGUAGAAUCCAUCUACUCAAGAGUAGUUCCUCCUGCCUAGCCCUCUGUUGUAUGUAAAAGAGGAAGAGCCAAUGUUCCUUUUGUCAAGAUGUUUUGCAGUUUUAGUGAGCAAACAAGUCACACAUGCCUGGUGUGCCUAGCUCAUCAAAUAUUAUUUGUGUCAAAGUGUGCAAUGUUAUUGAGAAAACAUUGUGAUGUCGUGUGAAUGGAGCUGGUGAAGCAGAAGACCCUUGGCCCUUGUAUUUGGAGAAUGAACUGGCCCCUGAAAAUUGGGUGGCUCCUACGUGAGUAGUGAGGAGGUAGGCAGUAAUUUCAUGAAGGAAGUAAGCUUGGCUAAGAUGAAAUAAACAUGCCAUAUCUACUGGCUGACUUAUUUUUCUGUUUUACCCUAGUGACACACAAAUCACUUUAUUUUCCUAUUUUCAAAAUAAGCCCAUUUCUUCCCCCACUUAAGAGAACUACAAUGAGACUAUUAUUGUUUUGUAUCACCCCAGUGCCAAGGAGAAAAGCACCAACCAUGUAUUCUAAGGUGUUUACUCUGGGGCAGGGACUGACAUCAAGUGUCUUGAUUGUUUUUCAAUAACCAAGAAAGAGGAGACUGAAAUAUCACAGCUACAAAGCUGAGGUGACCCCACUUCCUUACUUUCUCAUACUAAUGCACAAGAACUGUGUGAAUAGAUGCAACAUCUCACAGAAAGCUCGCCUACAUCCUUAACUCCUUCUGCAUCUCAUCUUCUUAGUAGGCUGCUUGCCAUGGUCUACUUUCCUAUGGCCAUAGUGCCUCCUGCCCCUGUCCUCCUUCUGCUAACUGCCCACAGGAGCAUUUCAAUCCCAGAGUGAGAGCUGUCUCACCUGCCCUCCUGACCUUCUGCUGUUCCUAAUUCUUCAUUGUUGAUGUAUUAAAUAGUUUAUAAUGUAGAGAGCAGGGUUUCAAGGAAUUCUUUUAGUUUUCUUAUUAGCUUCACCUUAUACCUAUUUACUUCACUAAAUUUUUAGGAUGCUUUGAUGAUCUGAGAAAGUCUUUCUUUAAGGGACUCAAACACAAAAGUCUGAGGCGACAGCUAAUGCAGGGUUGGCGAUCACAUGAUCAGGUUGGAAGCCUGGAUGUUUUGGAUGGAAAAGAGAUACGCUCACUUCCUUAUUACUAUUGCUCUCGACACUCAAAGGUUAGCAUUGCCUGGUUUGUGCUCUAUUUGGAAGAGAUUAAAAUUUUCAAGAGAGAUACACUUUUGAGAAUCUUUGUCAUAGUUUAAAUAAUCUCCUUUCUAUAUGCAUAGGUAGUUGGCUAAGGAGAUACAUAAACUAUAAAACUCUAAUUAGUUGAUCACCUACUCCUUUGUUUUACUAUGAUGUUGACUGCUUAAAUAUCUUUGACAACCUUAACUUCCUCAUUUGGGAGGGAUUGAUGUUCCCUCUAAUGAAAAUAUAACAUAACAUAACAAAAUCGUAAGAAACUGGCUUGGGGGUGCAUUCAUUAUUAAGUAAGUAGCAGUGUCUUGAUUCUUUUAACUUGUCAAAUCAGAACAUCAAGUUAAGAAAAAAAUAUGUAAGCACUUCCUCUUCAAUAUGUCUUUGAUACCCUUUCUUCUAAAGUCUUGACUAACUAUGCUAUUUUGGAGUUUUCUACAAUACAGUAAAAUGUUUUGGUUAAAAAAAUUAAUCACAGAUUAUUUUUAUGCUAACUACUGGAGUGGUUAAAGUGAGAUUCCCUUUUGAAAUAGAGAGUGGUUCAGUUAAAGAAAUGAACAUAAACCAGAAGUUAUAAACUGGUGACAUACAGGCAAGGUUUGGAUUGCAGAUGUGUUUUAUUUGGUCUAAAUCAAAGAUCCUGACCACACAUCUCUUUUUUUUUAAAUUGUUUUGAGUUUAUAAGAAAUAAUUUUUAAAUUGUGAGAUCUUGCAUAAACAUCCAGAUUCCUGGAUUGUAAAAAAUAAUCAGAUGGCCUGUCAACAACAGAAUCACACUACCCAUAACAUCUUCAGCUUCAUGGACAGAUGGUAGAACAAAUAUGGUUGGCUGGGUACCAGACACUCCCCUGCCUUGCUUUCAGAAUCCUGAUUUUAUCUAGCUGUUCAUUUUUAGAACAAUGGAUGUAACUCCAUACAUGCUAUGCUAACCCACUUGUAACAAUCAAAAUUUCCUUGCCAGCGAUUUGUAAGUGAAUGGGUAACCGCCCCCCCCCAUUUUGUCCCUGUGAGAUGAGGGAGGGGGUAUGUUGGAGAAUUUCUGAGGAAUGUUUCCCCAUUCGUCCUUUCUUCUGGUUGUUGACAUCUGGUACUGCUACAGCUGUGCUGUGAUCUGAAGACAAGGAUGGUGUGGACAAGAUAGAGCAGAAAGAUAAACAGAAUUCAGCUGGACUUCCUAAGAUGUUAUUGAACUGGUAGAUUAACAACUGUUGAACGGGGUCCACUUUUUGCUGGGACAUUUUGUACAAUCAAUAAAUUUUCUUUGUUGUCCAAA